AUGCAGAUUUGCAGUGUUUGCAGUGAACAAACACCAAAAUACAGAUGUCCGGCCUGUAAAAUAAGAUAGUAAGUACCUGCAUGUAACUUUAUUUAAACUAGAGAAGCUAGCCCAGUCUGGUUAGCUGUCGAGACGUUUAUUAUGAAAAGUUCUCACCAACUAGUUAAUGUAAUUAAAAAAAGGAAAAACAAAAUUAAGUAGGUAAUUAAAAACAUAAUGAAAUGUGCGCUGAGUUUGUUUACCGAAGUGAUGAUUAAAAAUACAGCUAAAUCUUGCUCAUCAACACUAAAUAACUGGUACCAUUUAGUACAGUAACGUAGCAUUGAAGUUGUUGACGUCAGAGUUUAGUUUUCUCUAAUUGUUUUCCUGAAAACAAGCUUAAUUGGGUGAAUUAUGAAUAUGUUUACAAGUCAUGCUGUUAUCUUAGCCUUAGCCCACAGCCUUUAAAAUACCGCAUUAAAACGUCACACCACAUGGGACGGAAAGUCGUGAGGGUCAAAACGGAAAGCGAUUUCACGUAGGAACAAGUUUCACAGUCGAACGAAAAAACAAAUCACACAAGGACAUGUAAUGGAUGAUUGUGUAUUAUUUAAUCAAUUAAUCUUUUUUCAUCAUGUUUUGUUUACUCGUGUGUGUUCUGCUUUAACAUACUAUAUCUCCAUUAAUGACAUGUCAGUUGAAUAAGUUUUGGAUUUUUGGUCGAUUUUUCCCUACAGUUGCUCCCUUGGCUGUUACAAAAGGCACAAAGGUAAAUAAGUAUGAUCAUAUUUUAUAAUAUUGAUUAGUAUUAGUUUUUUGUUUUUGAUUGUUUUUUAGUGUCUUCAGUCUGCUGUUUGGAGCAUUUGCUGCUGUUAAGACUGUCAAUUUCUCUGCUGUGGGGUAAAGAAAGCCGUUUGUUAUACAUUUUUGUUGUUCUUGUUAAAGAUACCUGCCUUCCUGUUGAGCAGUCUGCACCGCCUGUUCUAGAAGUGAAGGAAGCCUUAAACAGUGGUAUGUUUGUUGUUAAAUUAUAAUUUUAUGGAAUUAGUUUAAUAAAACAUAAAACUGUCCACACCAGUAUUCAUAUCACCAAUUCAUGUAACAUGAAUUAAGUGAAACCAACCUUACUUUUAACAGCCUUCUUUGAAAAGCCCUUCUUUUCUGUUUUGCAGAGGCAUCGGCUGUGGAUGAUCUUUUGCUUGAAGAUGAAGUUGUUGACAAAGUGCCUCUGCAGAGACUCCAGCUGCUAGGUAUCAAUAAAUUAUCUUUCUUUUUCUAACCUUUUGCACCUUUUAUGCCAAAUGUAAUAAAGAACAAAAUGUAAAAUGAAACCAUCAACCAACAAUUUAAUUAAAUGACGUUUUUUUUUUUCAAAAUGUUUGAAAUUCAGUUUUUUUCCAUUGCUCCACAGGCCAGUCUAAAGAACUAAAAGAUCUGCUAUGCAACCCCCAUCUGAGACAGCUACUGCGCUCCAUUGACGGCGCAGACAGCAAGUCUGAUGCCAUGAAGGCUGCCAUGCAAGAGCCUCUGUUUGUUGAAUUUUCAGACCAGUGUUUGAAAAUUAUAGACAGUGAAGCAAAAUCAUCACCAUCCAGUGAGACCUGUGACCUGUAA